AUGCUUGUCCUAAAGCGAUGCGGCAACCCGCUCUUGGUCAAUUGUACUUCGGGGUCCAGUACAUCGGAUUUAGCCCCAAUAACACCAGCAGAUGAUCCAACACGACCAAAAUAUCCAACGCUAGUAUCUGAAGAAUUGUUGCCCAAUGGUUGUCCUGUAAACUUCUUCUACAAUUAUCGAAUUCCCCAUGAAACAGACUGUGCAUUACAUUACCACUGCCAGUUUGGAGAGAAAAUUAAAAUGCAAUGUGCAGAUGGCCUGUUGUAUCAUUAUAAACAUAUGAACUAUGACGACCUUGCACAAUGUGAUUGUACUUCCGGUCCUGCCAUCGAUACUCCCAAGACACCCAUAGACUCUUUAGCUACCACCAAACCACCUGAUAGUUGUCCCACAGGUGUGUGGACCAAUAUCCGUCAUCCAACUUUGUGCAACUCAUUCUACUAUUGUAACGGAAACAAAUCUGUGCAGUUCUUCUGUGUUGAUGGGUACGAAUUCGAUCUGGCAAGGGGCUGUGUAGAGAUCGCUGAAGGAGGCUGCACGUUCCAAUUUACUACUACCACAGAAGCUACUACGUCGUGCGUGCCAAUCGUCGAAGGAGGAUGUACCAUGAGUAAAGCAACAAAACCUGGAGGAGAAACUACUGCACAGGAUGUAACAACUACUGCUGCACCUAAGACUACUACACAGGAUGUAACAACUACUGCUGCACCUAAAACUACUGCACAGCAUGUAACAACUACUGCUGCACCUAAGACUACUGCACAGGAUGUAACAACUACUGCUGCACCUAAAACUACGGCACAGUAUGUAACAACUACUACCGCGCCUACGACGACGACUUUAGCUCCUACAACAUCGUCACAUGACAUUCCCAAUGAAGGCAGUAAGACCGAAGCCCUCGAUGAUACGACCACGGUAGCGGUUGACACUACCAACGAGGCUCCCAUCUGUGCUCCAGGCUCGUGCGUACCAAUCGCCGAAGGAGGAUGUACACUGAGUAAAGCGAGAACGCCUGCAGGCGAAUAUACGGUACAAGAAGUAACAACUACUACCGCGCCUACGACGACGACUUUAUCUCCUACAACAACGUCACAUGACAUUCCCGAUGACGGCACUACGACCGGAGCCCUCAAUGAUACGACCACGGUAGCGGUUGACACUACCAACGAUGCUUCCAUCUGUGCUCCAGGCGAGUUUGGCAACGUACCUCACCCAGACAGAUGCGACGCGUACUACCUGUGCUUCGCCGGCAACGCCUAUCUGUUUACUUGCACCGAGGAGCUCGAAUUUGACCCUGAAACCAAGUCGUGCAUGCCAAUCGCCGAAGGAGGAUGUACAUGUACACAGAGUAAACCUGAAUGCGCGGUAAAGGAUAAAACAACCACUGUCGCGCCUAAAACUACUGAACAAGAAGUAAUAACUACUACCGCGGCUCCGACGACGACUUUAGCUCCUACAACAGCGUCAGAUGACUUUCCCGAUGACGGCACUACGACCGAAGCCUUCGAUGAUACGACCACAGUAGCGGUUGACACUACCAACGAUGCUUCCAUCUGUACUCCAGGCGAGUUUGGCAACGUACCUCACCCAGACAGAUGCGAGGCUUACUACUUGUGCUUCGCCGGCAACGCCUUUCUGUUUACUUGCACCGAGGACCUCGAAUUUGAUCCUGAAACCAAGUCGUGCGUGCCAAUCGCCGAAGGAGGAUGUACAUGUACACUGAGUAAACCUGAAUGCGCGGUAAAAGAUAAAACAACCACGGUCGCGACUAAAACUACUGAACAAGAAGUAAGAACUACUCCCGCGCCUAUGACGACGACUUUAUCUCCUACAACAGCGUCAGAUGACUUUCCCGAUGACGGCACUACGACCGAAGCCUUCGAUGAUACGACCACAGUAGCGGUUGACACUACCAACGAGGGUCCCUUCUGUGCUGCAGACAAGUUUGGCUACAUACCUCAUCCAGAUAAAUGCGACGUGUACUACCUGUGCUCCGCCGGCAAAGCCAUUCUGUUCACUUGAGGAUGUACACUGAGUAAAGUAUGUGAUUGGACACCUGGAGGAACAACUACGGUAAAGGAUCAAACAACUACUGCCGCACCUGGGACUACUGUACAGGAUGUCACAACUACUGCUGCGCCUGAGACUACUGCACAGGAUAUAAAAACUACUACCGCGCCUGAGACUACUGCACAGGAUGUAACAACUACUACCGCGCCUGAAACUACUGCACAGGAUGUAACAACUACUGCCGCACCUGAGACUACUGUAAAGUAUAUAACAACCACUGUCGUGCCUACGACGACUUUAGCUCCAACAACAUCAUCAGAUGACAUUCUCGAUGUCGACACUAAGACCGAAGCCCUUGAUGAUACGACCACGGUAGCGGUUGACACUAUCAACGAGGCUCCCUUCUGUACUGCGGGCGUAUUUGGCAACGUACCUCACCCAGACAGAUGCGACGCGUACUACUUUUGCUUCGCCGGCAACGCCUUUCUGUCUACAUGCGACGAGGGACUCGAAUUUGACCCUGAAUCCAAGACAUGCAUACCAAUCGCCAAAGAAGGAUGUACCAUGAGUGAAGCGACAACACCUGAAGGAGAAACUACUGUAUAGGAUGUAACAACUACUGCCGCGCCUAAGACUGCUGUGUAGUAUAUUAGUGACGGUAUGUCAAUAUUUCGUGAUAAUUGUAUGUGAGGGUGUUUGAAUAAAAG